GGAGAAGAGGAGAGGAGAAGAGGAGAGGAGAGGAGGAGGAGACAUGAUCGGUGUAAGUGGGACUGACAGCGGCGCUGCUCUGCUCCUCUUAUGUAAUGGAACCAGUUGUAACCAGGAAAACAACAAAAAGAGCAAGAAGAACUCAGAUCCAGACCCAGAGUCUGUGAUCUGGACUCUUGUGAUCCACACUGUGACUGUGAGUUCCUCCAUGGUGUCACCAAGAGGAGGUCAGAGGUCAGAGGUCCGUUCUGUCAACAGACAUGUCAGUUAAUCUGCAGGAAGAAGAAAGAACUGGAGCGGAGACGAAGCUCUGACUUCACUCUCCAGUGGCCACUGGGCUGGAAGAGUUUAAGUAGCUGCUCUGGAGUUGGACUGAUCCCACGGAGACGUUCUGAUCCGAGCCGAGGCCCAGAGGGAGGAGCAGGAGACUCUGGACGUCCCAGAAGAGGAAUCCCCCUCCGUGGUCCGUCCCUGCAGACGCUCGGCUCGACCACGUCACCCCGACACCUCCACCCUCCUGCUGCAGCGCAUCAAAUCUUCAACACCUGGAAACAACGAGUGAACAGAAGAAGAAGAAAAGUCUGUCCAUCCCUCUCAAAGGAUUUGUAUUUGUUUUUUGUAUUUCCUGGUUGUCAGCGGGAGGAAGUGGAGCGUCUCACCUGAGGAAGGUGCACGUCUCCGUUGCACAGCAUGAGGCUCUGAGGAGACGGACAAGGUCGAUUGGCUGAUAAGCGAGGAGGGGCGGUGCCAUGGGGAAGGAGCAGGACCUGCUGCAGGCGGUGAAGAGCGGAGACCUGACGUCCACUCAGAAGCUGCUGUCGCGACUGAAGAGCAGCAGGAACAAGCUGCUGGGCUCCACCAAGAGGCUGAACGUGAACUACCAGGACUCAGACGGGUUCUCGGCGCUGCACCAUGCGGCUCUCACAGGAACCACAGAGCUGCUGUCGGCGCUGCUGGAGGCUCAGGCCAGCGUGGACGUCAAGGACAGCAACGGAAUGCGUCCGCUGCAUUACGCAGCCUGGCAGGGGAAAGCCGAGUCCGUCCUGACGCUGCUUCGCUCCGGCGCCUCGGUCAACGGCGUCUCGCUGGACGGACACAUCCCGCUGCACCUGGCAGCUCAGUACGGACACUUCGAGGUGUCUGAGAUGUUGCUGCAGCAUCAGUCCAACCCGUGUCUGGUCAACAAGGCCAAGAAGACGCCUCUGGACCUCGCCUGUGAGUUCGGAAGAGUCAAGGUGGCCCAGCUGUUGCUGAGCAGUAACAUGGUGGUGGCGUUGUUGGAAGGAGAGAGGAAGGAGCCGACGGACUCGGCCUUCACCACGCCGCUGCACCUCGCCGCCCGCAACGGCCACAGAGACAUCAUACGGCUGCUGCUGAAUGCCGGCAUUGACAUCAACAAGACGGCCAAGUCCGGCACGGCGCUGCACGAGGCGUCUCUGUACGGAAAGACAGAGGUGGUGCGACUGCUGCUGGAUGCCGGCGUCGACGUCAACAUCCGGAACACCUACAACCAGACGGCGCUGGACAUCGUCAACCAGUUCACCACGUCGCACGCCAGCAAGGAGAUCAAGCAGCUGCUCAGAGAUGCGACGGGGGUUCUGCAGGUCAGGGCCCUGAAGGACUACUGGAACCUCCACGAUCCCACCGCCCUCAACAUCCGAGCCGGUGACAUCAUCAUGGUGAUGGAGCAGCACGUGGACGGACGCUGGAAAGGCCACAUCCACGACAGCCCGCGGGGGACGGACCGGGUCGGCUUCUUCCCUCCGUCCAUCGUGGAGGUCAUCAGCAGGAGAAACGGGGGCACCCUGUCCCGGCACGCCUCGCUCCCCACCCAGCGCCAGCAGUCGCUGCCCAGAGCCCCCCUCUCCUCCAGCCUCAGCUCCGCCCCGCAGACCGAUGACUGCUACACCCUGUACGCCCCCCCCACCCACGUGGUGCUGCCCCUGGCCAACGGCCUCACUGCCGGCACAGGUCCGUCUCCAAGCCGCCUGUCUCAGGCCGGUUGUCCCUUCCAGGACAUCUGGGUUCUCAGAGACUCGUGUCAUGCAGGCGACAGGAACAGCGUCGGGAGCACCGGCAGCGUGGGCAGCACCCGGAGCGCUGGCAGCGGUCAGAGCACCGAGAGCAACAGUGCACCCAACGGCGUCCAACACCACACUGGUCACCAUGACAACAAGGCGGCGCCCCCUGCUGCCGACUGUGGAUCCGAUCAACCUGCAGGUUUGACGCCGCGGCGGCAGACGGUGACGGUGCAGCGACCAGCAGAGCAGAGCUUCUCUCCGCAGUUUGUUCGUCCUCAGCAGCUGCUGGAGGGGAAGGAUGCAGAGGCCAUCUACCAGUGGCUGAGUGAGUUCCAGCUGGAGCAGUACACCGGGAACUUCAUCAGUGUCGGUUACGACGUACCGACCAUCAGCAGGAUGACGCCAGAGGACCUGACCGCCAUCGGAGUGACCAAACCAGGCCACCGAAAGAAAAUAUCCAUGGAGAUCAACAACUUGAACAUCCCCGAGUGGCUGCCCGAAUACAUUCCGUCGGACCUGGUCGAGUGGCUCAGUGCCAUCGGCCUCCCGCAGUACCACAAGCAACUGUCGGAAAACGGCUACGACUCCAUCAGCAUCGUCAGAGACCUGACCUGGGAGGACCUGCAGGAGAUCGGCAUCACCAAGCUGGGCCACCAGAAGAAGCUGAUGUUGGCGGUGAAGAAACUGUGUGACAUCCACAGGGCGAUCCUCCUGGCUGAAUCAGGCGGGGGCACGCUGCGACGCAAAGGCCCCGGAGCCCUCCACCUGGUCACCAUCGAGCCGGCCGACUCUGCAGGGGAAUGCUCUUCUCCCCACACCCCAAAGAUGCUGAGCUUCCAGGACAGCGAGCUGAGUGCCGAGCUGCAGACGGCCAUGUCCAGCCACUACGGCGGCUGCGAGGACGGUUUGGCCAUCAAGAACGCAGUGGGAAUGUCCCAGAGCCAAGAGAGUAUCGACACUCGGUCCCGGGGCUCCGGCCGCUCCCAGGAGCCUCCUACAGCUUCCAUCAGCCCCCACAGCUGGUCCCAGGAGAGCAUGGACAACAGCCCAGCCAAGGAGAGGAACAUCCCCGAGGGCUGGGACCAGAGGCCCCUGCAGCAGCAGCCGCUGCCCAAGCAGGUUCCUCUGGGCACGGCCACUGUGUUCAAGUACCCGGCCGUCCCAGCCAAGCCCAAACUGUCUGGAUCUCCUGGCCCCUCCCCUCAUGGCUCCCCAGCACUCAAGGGUUUCAGCUACCUGCAUUCUCAUUGUGGCUCCACAGACCUGAGCUCAUCUCCCCGGCCCGAAGGCCAGACCAGGACCCUGAACCUGCCUAAGAAGCGCAGCCAGAGCAUGACCCGCUACGCUCUGUCAGACGGGGAGCCGGACGAGGACGAGGACGAACCUGCUGUUCCCUCUGGGAACCUGCUGUCAUAUGCCACAUUGACCCGUAAGCCGGGUCGCAGCCAGCUGGCUCGGUUACAGUCGAGUCCAGAAAAGAACGGCAACGUAGGACGCAGUCAGUCGUUUGCGGUGCGCGCCCGGAAAAAAGGUCCCCCUCCGCCCCCGCCAAAGAGACUGAGUUCGGUGAGUAGCACCACGAGCGGCGAGCUGAGCGACAGCAGCCCAACGUCGUCUGAAGGCAGGGUGGUGACUGACAGUCCAGGGAGUGUCAGGAGCAUCAUGGCGUCUCUGGAAGGAAGCACAGAGGGGAGGAACUCCCCAGGACCCAGACCAGACCUCGUACACCAGGAGCCGCCUCCCCCCUCCCUCAUCUCUGCAGGGCAGGAACCCAGAGAAGCUACCGGGGUGAGGAGGAGGGUGCAGAGCGAGUGCAUUCUGACCCACACCAGCGCCGAGCCGGACCGAGGGGUGAAGUCCGACUCGGAGGAGGAAGAAUCGAAAGGUCCGAGUCUGGAAGGCUCCUCGUCCCCUCAGAACAGCUCCAGCGAGUGCAUCCCCUUCGCAGAGGAGGGCAACCUGACCAUCAAACAGAGGCCCAAGGCUCCGGGGCCUCCCAGGGCCGAGGCCGUGCUGGAGCCCCCGGAGAAACCAGCCGCCAAGAACCUGGAGUUGCCCGAGUUUAAUCUGAAGGAGUCGGACACUGUGAAGCGCCGACACAAACCCAAAGACAAGGAGCAGGAAGGAGGUUCCCCCAGCCGGGAGGGAGCAGGCAGCAGGCCUCCGUCCCAGUGCCAGGAGGAGGUCAGUCUGAGGAUCAGCGAGGCGGGUCCGCAGAGGCCGUCCAGUCCGGCUUCAGGGUCCAUCAAACCUCCGCUCUCCCCGAAACCUGCCGUCGCCCCGAAACCGGUGCGCCACAGUCUCCUGGCUGCACAAGCAGCAGGACUCUCUUCUCCAGCUGUGACCGUCAGUGGGGUUCAAAGUGUGGCCUUUGCUUCUCCAUCCUCUCUUAUCCAUGGGCCCCCAGCUCCAGCUCCGGCUCCAGCUCCAGCUCCAGCUCCGGCUCCGGCUCCAGCUCCAGCUCCAGCCCCGGCCCCACAGAGUCCCUCUCUGAUAGCAGAGAGGUCUCAGGUGUGUGUGGCGGGUCCGGGUCUUGUCCCAGAGUCGUCCUGUGGGACCGAGGUGGUUCAGCAGAGACUGGAUCAGACCAGCACGUCUCUGGAAGCAGCUCUGAAGGCCGUCGAGAGGAAACUGAACCUGGAGGACAACUCCGACGGCGGAGCGAACAGGGUGAAGUCUGCGGGGACGAUCCUGGACGACAUCGGCAACAUGUUCGACGACCUGGCCGACCAGCUGGACGCCAUGUUGGACUGAAGACCCUCAAGCUCAGCAAGUGAAACACAGGAAGAACAAAGACUCCAGAGUCUGAGGUCAAACCCCAGCACUUCACCUCCACUAACUGACUCCUUCUCUCACACAUGGAGCUGAAAUCAGCUGAAUCCGGUUUGACACAACGCGUCAUCUCGUCGUGUCUUAUCAAUCACGAAGCAAACAAAGAGACGAACGCUGGACCGGCAGCGCCUCAUCAUCAUCAUCAUCAUCAUCAUCAUCUUCAUCAUUAUCAUCAUCAUCCUCAUCUUCAUCAUCAUCUUCAUCAUCAUCUUCUUCAUCAUCUUCAUCAUCAUCAUCCUCAUCUUCAUCAUCAUCUUCAUCAUCAUCUUUGUCAUCAUCUUCAUCAUCAUCUUCGUCAUCAUCCUCAUCAUCAUCAUCUUCGUCAGCUCUAUGGGGAGAAGCUCCUGAGCCGAUCAUUAUCGUUGGACACUAAUAUUGUAAAAUGAAUUUUAAUAUGUUGAGUUUAUAGAGAGCUGUCUCGUUUCUUUUUAGCCUCUUUUAGCUCCUUGUUUCGGUUCAUGCAGAUGAGUCGUGUUUCCGUUUAACUGUCAAACGAUUUCGAAUGAACUUCUGAAAUGUCGCCAAGAAGAAAAAGAAAAUCCAUGAAGAAGAAGUAGUGAUGUUGAAACAAGGAGUUGUUUGCUCUGACAAAAGACGUCGAAGAAAAGAAGAAAAAUGGAGACGAGGCUUCAGGAGUUUUUUAACUGGGCCAGUUGUAAUUAUUCUUUCUUCUUCUUCUUCUUCUCUAGAGGAGGAAACAGCUAAAUCACAUGAAUUCAAUGUUUCACCGUUUCACUUAUUCGGACAACGUGUUUCCAUCUCCCAGUUAACAUGUUAACUCCUUUUUCUACAAAGGCAAACGCCUCCUCAUGCGAGUGUAAAAACUUUUCUUUUGUGCGAUCGUGCCAGAGAUGAAACUGGACGGUUUCACUUCAGCUCUCGAUCCAGCUCCAUUUCACAUUAUACUUUUAUAAUAUUUAAAAAAAAAAAUCUAUUUUAUACCAAGUGAUCUUUAACCACAUGUCGUCUGUUGUGUGUGUGUGUGUGUGUGUGUGUGUGACUAAUGUUGUGUAUAAAAGGGAAGAGAAGCAUGUGGAAGACACAAUGUGACGUGUCAGUAACAAACAUACUAUUUUUUGAUAUUCAUCAUUUUAGCCAAAUUAGUAUUUAAAUGAGACUUAUCUAAAUAUGUAUAUUGUUCACUAGAGGUUUAUAUACAGAAGCAGAUAUUCAACCAAAGGUCUUUGUACAGAUUCUCCUUAGAUAUUUUCCACGUUUAAAAGAAAAGCUGUUUUUCCUCCUGGGUGUUUUAUGGAAUGUUGUUUGUAUGAAUAAAGUUUCUGUGUCGCAUGCUGUAGCUCGAAGGGAAACGCGUUUUUUAAUCUGAGAGAAAGAGACUGUUACAUCGUGAUCCUCUGUUCUUCAUCUCAGAGUCUCAGGAAAUUCCCCCCGGACUUGAACGCACCAGCUCCUCCGCGUUCGCCUGCUCAGUUCUGAAGACUUUAUAUAUAUAUAUAUAUAUAUAUGUAUUUACAUUGUUUGAAAACCUAUCGGUUAAAGUAUUUAGCUUUUUGUCCAUGAAUGAUUUUUCUAUGCCACAUUAUUAAAAAUAAAAUCCAUGAACUCAAAUAA